AUGGCUUAUGUUCACCGGGCAGUCAGGAUCUGGAAGCGAACUCUAGGGAGAAAAAGUCGACGGCAUGUCCUGGAUCAGGAAGAUAUCGUGAAGGCGAUGGAAACACUUUGGCACCAAGCACAGAGUCAGGCUUAUGUGGAGGAGGUUCACGCGCUAAACCAUGGUUGCAGCGUGGGCAGAAGUAGCCCACUGUACCCCAUAGUUCCGUUUAUUGACGAACACGGAGUCGUACGCAUCGGAAGUCGGAUUGGAAGCGCACCGCACAUUCCCUACGCAACAAAGUAUCCCGUAGUGCUGCCGAGAGAUCAUCGCAUUACCUUCCUUCUGGUUCAGUCGGUUCAUCGCCGGUUCUUGCAUGCUAACGGAGAAACUGUUUGUAACGAGCUGCGACAAGAGUUUUACAUCCCGAAGCUUCGGGUGUUCGUGAAAAAAGUAAGUCGAAAUUGUCAGUACUGCAAGGUGAAGAAAUCAACUCCCCGGCCACCAUUGAUGGGACCUCUGCCGAGAGUACGCCUAACCCCAUUCAUUCGGUCAUUCACAUUCGCCGGUGUAGAUUACAUGGGACCCCUCGAAGUAAGAGUUGGACGAUGCGUCGCAAAACGGUGGAUUUGUUUGUUUACAUGCCUCACGGUGCGAGCAGUCCAUCUGGAGCUGGUCCACAGUCUUUCGUCUGCAUCUUGCGUGAUGGCAUUCAGAAGAUUUGUAGCCAGGCGGGGAGCUCCACAGGAGGUAUUUUCGGACAACGGAACAAAUUUUGUGGGAGCCAAUCACCAGUUGUCAGAGGAGAAGCAGAAAAUUCGGGACAUUGUUCAAGACUGCGCCACCACAUUUACCAAUGCAAAUACUCAGUGGCAUUUUAACGUUCCUGCGGCUCCGCAUAUGGGAGGACCAUGGGAACGCAUGGUGAAGUCGGUGAAGGUAGCGAUGAAAGCUGUGUCGGAUAGCACACGUCACCCUAGCGACGAGGUGUUGGAGACCAUCAUGCUGGAGGCCGAAGCAAUUGUCAACUCACGACCGCUGACUUAUGUUUCUUUGGAGGCAGAAGACGACGAAGCGCUCACACCAAACCACUUCCUUCUAUACGGACGGACUGGGUUUAAGCAACCGAUAACUGAACCUGUUCAGGGAAACAUUCUGCGAGACAGCUGGAAACUAGCGCAGCAUAUCAUCGACGAUUUCUGGCGCAGAUGGGUGCGGGAAUAUCUCCCGAUGUUGACGAGGCGAACGAAGUGGUUCGAACCAGUGAAGCCGUUGAAACCAGGUGAUCUAGUCGUGAUCAUCGACGAACAGGCGAGAAACCGAUGGGAACGAGGGCGUGUACUGGAGACGUUUCCAGACAAAUCCGGGCAAGUUAGACGUGCCACAGUGCAGACAGCUAGAGGAGUGCUUGCUCGACCCGCGGUAAAGCUGGCGGUACUGGACGUCACCGGCAAAGAGGAUACGGGUGUAGUGACUCCGGAAACGGAAGUGGUUCACGGGUCGGGGAAUGUCGCCGAAACCCCCCGUUGCGGCGAAAAGGGGGUGAACAACAAACCGUUUCAUAUCGAGCGAAAAGGGCCGAGCGAACAAAAUGACAAUUAG